UUGUAUCACUAAGGGAGGGAGGGCAGCCAUCAUCAUCUGAUCGCGACGGUCAAACCUAAUCACGCCUCUAUCAAGCGCCGGUUAUCAGUGUCAAAUUAAAAGUUCCCCCAAAGGAAGCUGUCUUUUUGUUAUUGUCCGACAUUCACGCAAAUAUCAGAUUUCUACGAACGACUGUUCUAAUUUGGAGAAGGAAUAGCACAAGAUGGAGCGUAUAAAAGACGCGUCCUGCAGCCUGUCCGACGUCCCUUUGUGUCUUUAAGUUGUUUACGUCGAGGCGCUGUCGGGAGGUGAAGGAAUCAGUCUCGUACCACCACUAAACGUGGACCUCGGCCAGCUCUUGAACGAAUGAAUGAAAGAGUUGAUCUCUUCACCUUCGCCAAAAGGACUCCAUGUCUUUCUUGGACUGUUCCUGCAUAUCCCAUGCUCAGGUCCAGCCCGUGGACAUUGAGGAACGCUAUGAAGACACCAGCCACCAGUUUCUGAGCUGUGACGGUUCUGAAUACACCCUGCAAGGCCCAGCCGGUGGUGAUGACAUCACGGGGCUGUCACCUGACCCGGCUCAUUACCAGCUGCUGUCCAAACUGGGCAAGGGAUUCAAUAACUUGAGCCAGGUGAGCAUGGCGUGGCACAUCCCUACCGGUGAGCUGGUGGCCGUCAAGCAAACCAACCUGGAUGAGUGCACAGAGGAAGAAUUGCUGCAGCUCAUGAAUGAGGUUCUUCUUUCCCGGCUCUUCCGUCAUCCAAAUCUGCUGACGUCUCGCCUGGUCUUCUGCUCCUCCUGCCAGCUGUGGGUACUGACACCACUCAUGGCCUAUGGCUCUGCAGACGCCUUACUUAGAACAUACUUCCCUGAUGGAAUGAGUGAAUCCCUAAUAGCUUAUUUGCUGUACGGUGUCCUUAAAGCAUUGGAGUAUCUGCAUCGGAUGGGCUACGUUCACCGGGGGGUGAAGGCCAGUCAUAUCCUGCUUUCAGAGGAGGGGCGAGUCUACCUUUCAGGCCUUCACAGUAUUUACAGUAUGAUGCGUGAUGGAAAGAGAAUGAAGGCGGUGUUCGACAUGCCCCACCACAGUCCGGCUCUGCUGCCGUGGCUCAGCCCAGAGCUGCUGCGACAGGACCUGCAUGGUUACGGUGUGAAGUCAGAUAUCUACAGUUUGGGUAUCGUAGCCUGUGAGUUGGUCAAUGGCAGGGUGCCCUUCCAGGACAUGCCACCCACUCAGAUGCUGCUUCAGAAGCUACGCGGCUCCCACUGCUGCCUACUGGAUGUGGCUCCUUUCCCACUGGGAGAGCUGGGCGGCUUGAAGGUGUCUCGCUCUGGGGUUGACUCUGGCAUCGGGGAGAGCGUGGCCACUGGGAGCAUGACGCACAGCGCCACCGUCCCCCCCACCGACCGACCUCAGAGCCCCGGACCCAAAAACCACUCGGCUACCCUGCAUAACCUGGUCCAGCUCUGUCUGCAGCAGCAGCCAGAGCACAGGUCCUUACAGAGGCAAAGCAAAACACCAUCUGCUUCUGAACUAUUGAGCCAUGCCUUCUUCAAGCAGGUGAAGAAGCAUACGAGAGACUCUUUCCUCAGUCUGAUGUACCCAGCAGUGCCCCUCACAAGCCCUGAGGACCAGCCAGUAUCCAACCCCCCAGGCCCCUUAUGUCACGCUCCAUCAGCGACCUCCGACACUACAGAGGCUGCGUGGGACUUUUCUGACUAGCAGUCCAAAUAUAAGACAAUCAAAGAAAAGCGAGGCCAUGCUCUACUGUGCUUUUAAUUGUUUUAUUUGUAUUAUUAAUAUUAAUCCAAAAGUCUGAGCCUUUUUAUAUAAUUAAAUAGUUUUUUUUUAUUCCUGAUGGAUAGAAGAUUUUUGGAUUAGCCAACUGUGAAAGUGCUGGAUUAAAGAAGCUGCUCGUAUAUACAUAUGACUUCUGUAACCUGUCAACAUACCAACAACUAUGACACACUCUUUAAAGGAAAAAAAAAACACUGUUUCUUUAAUGUGGAUAUAUGUGUUCCAGUUGUGAAUCUUAAGUGAUGAGGUACAUUUUCAACACCAUGAGAGCCAGCCGUGUUAACCUCUUUCUGCUGUAUGUUUGAAGAUGUAUACAUGCUGUUCCUGUGGGGCAACUUUACAACACGUCAUUGUGCACAGGGGUGCUAACUGUGCUCUAAAAAAAGCACAUGAGCAAUAAAUGUGCUGGAUCUAAUGCUAAUCUAGUGCAGCAGAUAGGAAUCAUUAGUCUUCCUUGUCCUGAUUUACAUAGUGUUCCUACUGUACUCUUCAACCACUUAUCCAGCAAUGCCUUUUUUUUAUAGAAUCUGGUGAAUUCUUUGUAACUGUGAUUAAGUGUACUGUGGAGAACUGUGAGUUACAGUGCAUAUCAAACAUGGUAGCUGUAUAAGCCUUAUUUGUAUUAUUAUUGCUACAAUAUCUGUCUAUAUAUAUAUAUAUGUUUUUACUCCCA